GAGGGACCCAACCCAGGUCCUUAUCUUUGGCCAAGUCCGGGUUGAGGAGGAUUGGAAGGGGAAGGGCGGCGAAGUCUCCUGAAUAUCAGUUCCUGCUUCUUUGCUUACCAAGAAUUGUGAUCCAUCAUGGAUGAUCUGUCAGCAGAAGAAAUUCAGCUAAGGGCUCACCAGGUGACUGAUGAGUCCCUGGAAAGUACAAGGAGAAUCCUGACUUUAGCCGUUGAGUCUCAGGAUGCAGGAAUCAAAACCAUCACUAUGCUGGAUGAACAAGGGGAAAAACUGAACCGCAUAGAAGAAGGCAUGGACCAAAUAAACAAAGACAUGAGAGAGGCAGAGAAGACCCUAACAGAACUCAACAAGUGUUGUGGCCUUUGUGUUUGCCCUUGGAAUAGAUUCUCCGAUGUCAGUUGUUUCUAUAAAACAAGGUCAGCAAAUUUUGAGUCUCGCAAGGACUAUAAAGCAACAUGGGCUGAAGGGGGAGACAAUUCUUCUGGCAAUGUGGUUUCUAAGCAGCCAGGCCGUAUGACAAAUGGUCAGCCUCAGCAAACAGCUGCAGGAGGGGCCAGUGGUGGAUACAUUAAACGGAUAACUAAUGAUGCCAGAGAAGAUGAAAUGGAAGAUAAUUUGUGUCAGGUGGGCAGUAUCCUGGGGAACUUGAAAACCAUGGCCAUAGAUAUGGGCAAUGAGAUUGACGCUCAGAACAAGCAAAUAGACAGAAUCACUGACAAGGCUGAUACUAACAAAGAUCGUAUUGAUAUUGCCAAUGCCAGAGCAAAGAAACUCAUCGACAGUUAAAGAUGUUACUGCUGCCUUCAUCUGGGAAUUCUAACUGCUACGUCCUUCAAUUCUUCCUGAAUCACUCACUACCUUUCAGUGUUUGAAAUUUCUUUGCCCCAACAACCCACUCUAAGCAAAGAGAUGGGAAGAAAGGGUCAGAGGAGUGAAACAGAUCCCCUGUCAUUUGGUUUCAAAUUCUUGCUCUUUUCCCUUGUGAGCAGGUUGAUAUAAACCAUUUAGUCUUCCCUUUGGGCUUCUCUUCCUCAGUACACAGGCUGAGAUUGUGUUGCAAACCCUUAAAAUUGUUAUACAUCCUUGUUCCACUCGAGCAGACUUUUGCUUUCAGGAUUUUUAAGCAUCACCAAAGACAGCAAUGGAAGUGGGAGAGUAUAUACACUCUGGGGUGGGAUAGGGAAGGAAUGUGUGAGGUUUGGGAGGAUUAUUUCUUGUUGCAUCUGUUAUACCAGUAAAAGUUCUACAGGCCCCAACCACAUUGAAAAGUUACAUGGUGAAAAUGCCUAGUCACAUCCUGUCCCCCUUUGAAAAUAAUUGGGUUUAUUGCCAGUUUGUCUGACCCUGGGCAAGUCAUUCAACCUCGAUGCCCCCAUGCAGGUGCCUGUGACUCUGGACGUUGCAAAGCAUGUCCCUAUCUGCAUCAGAUGACAUCCACAGGCCAGGACCAAAAACUUAAGUCCUUAAGCUAAGGGUAGUAAUAAAUAACUCAUUGGCUACUAUUUGUUUUUGGAUAUUAUGAUUCUUAAAAUCAUAAAAUCUUAAACGUGCAGAACAGGAUAACCUUUUUUUUUAAAUAAAGGAACUUAAUUUUUCUCCAAAGGAUUAUUAUACAGACACAUGUUUUGUGAUCCCAGUUCAUGCUGCACUUUCCAGAAUACUUUGCGUAAGUUUAUGGUUUAAAAUAAAAAAAAAAUUUGUAGUAUCAUUUUCCCAUUACAAGGCUGCAUCCUCAUUAAUUUAUCAUCUCAGUGUUGAUACCAUUUGUUUGGGAGGAAUUGUAUAUAAUUUUGUAGGUUAAGCAUCAACAUUUCUUUAAAGCAAGGAUGACAAAUUGUUUAGCAGAUUAUAUAAAAGUGAAUUCAAGUUUACCUCAAAACCAUGAAUUAUGGUAUGUUUUUUUUUUGUUUGUUUUGUUUUUGGAGGAAGGGUUUGGGAAUUUAAUAAAUCUGACCUCAAAAAAAGUAGUUGGGUUGCUUUGAUGUCCUUACAACUCCCAACUUUAACACUUGUUGCCAUUCUCUACUGUAGUAGUCCACCCAUUCUAGGCCAUGCUUGUUUCUGUUGAACUAGAAGCGAUCUGGAAAAUCUCAAGUUUGGCUCAAUUGUUAAUGAAGAAUAAAAUGUGAUUGCAUUACCUUUUUUUUUUUUUGCAUAUUUAACUUUAUCCAGCAUCAGAUUUAGAUCCUCAACAUUACCUGAAAGCCUAUAUGAGCUGAUCAUAAUAUAUAUGUACCCUUUUCGUAUCAGUUGUUUUUCUGGACUGGUUUUCCAUAAACCACAGCUUGACACUUGCAGUGAAAUUUUGUACCUGACCGGUGGAACUGUGCUCUCUCUCGAGGUGGUAGCAAUUCUUUUUGGUCACUAUUUUGGGAGAAAUGAACUAACUCUACUUGUGAAAUGAAGGAAAAGAGGUCUGUAAGUGAAAAGCCAAGCCGAAGCCACCCUUAGAUGGCUCAGGUUUUAGUUAAUUUAAAAAAAAAAUUUGUUUCUCUUUUAUGUUGAAUUUGUUCCCUUUUUAGGAUUGCUUUGCUGGAUAUUUCUUUCUCCAGACUCUCAUUUCUUUGUAAUUUGCUCAGUUGGCAUUAGUUGAAUUAAGGGCUGCAUAUUUUGUUUAUGAAGAGCCAUAAAUCAAUUGCUAAUGAAAUAAAUACAGAUGAAUUGGUCCUUUCCAUAGUA